AUGCCCGCCACCCAUGAAGACCCAGCGGCCCCUGUGAUCCCCAGCCCGAAGCCGCUGCCGGCGAGCAUCACGCCGCGGCAGGUUACUCUGAGGGACCGCGUCACCGUCGCGACGCUGGUCCCCUUUUCGUCCGCAGACCAGGUGCCACAGGGCCUGCUGAGCUACCUGUCGGACCAGCUGAACAAGGAGAUCGAGAAGGGAGAUACCUAUCCCAUGAUUGAUCCCAUCCCCCUCCAUGAGUUUGGGCCGUACUGGUUUUCCAACUUCGGCGCCGUCAUGCUCUUGGGUGACAUCAAGAGCGUGGAGGAUGUGCAGGCCAUGGAGAAAAAUGGGGUAGACUGGUCCAAGAUAUGUCUGGGCAGUUUUCACAUCAAGCCCAACUAUCCCGGGCGGAGUAGUCAUGUCUGCAAUGGCACCUUCCUCGUCACCGAUGCUUCCCGAAACAAGGGUGUGGGAAGGCUGAUGGGAGAAGGCUAUCUCGAAUGGGCGCCCAAGCUAGGCUACACCUAUUCAGUGUUCAACCUGGUGUAUGAGAAUAACGUAGCGUCGUGUCGUAUCUGGGAUGCCCUGGGUUUCAAGCGUAUCGGUAAGGUUCCCGGCUGCGGGAAUCUGCGCUCUUAUCCAGGCCAGCUGGUCGAUGCCAUCAUUUACGGCCGAGACCUGGGGCCGGAAGGUGAGGAUUCUGUGACGCAGGAGCGUUUUGACAAGAUCAGAUACUAUCUCAAGCAUUCCAAGUACCCUCGAGGGGCUGAUAGGGCGGAGAAGAGCCGGCUGAGAAGUGCUGCCACUCACUACAAGCUUGUUGGAGGACAAAAUGGAGAACCAGAGAAGCUGAUGCUGAAGGACAAGGAGGUUGUCUCUGAUCCCCAGCAGCAAUAUGAGAUCGCUCGCCGGGUCCAUUGUCAGCAGCAUGGCGGGAUCAACAAGACCACUGCCACGAUUGCGGUCAAGUAUCAUUGGGUGAGGAUCAAGGAGACCGUGAGUCGGGUCAUCCGGGACUGUCCCCAAUGUAGAGAGUCAUCCAAGGCUCCUGUUUUGAACGGCUCCAAGGCUGAGGAGUCGUCCAAGUCCAAGGAGAACAGCAGCAGCAGCAGCAACAACAAUAGCAGCAGCAGCAACAGCAACAGCAACAAUAACAACAGCAGCAGCAACAGCAGCAACACCAACAACACCACCAGCACCAGCACCAGCACCAGCACCACAACCACUGCCACCACCACUACCACCAAUAGUAAUACUAACAAUAACAAUAAUAAUGGCCUUGAUAUGUCAGCCUCGAACGGUGUGGUCCCCUCGAACGAUCACUUGAUGACGGAUGCGCCGCCCCCGCACCAAAGUCCGUUUACGCAAACCCAUGCGCCAGGGGUGCAGGCCCCGGAGGACUGCAUGACCGACUACGCCAACAUGCCUCUAGAUCCCCAGAUCAUCGACAUUAACCCGCAUCUUCCUCGGUUCCAACAUCACCAAACCAUGGCAGACCCAUAUGAGCAUCAGUCUCAUGGGCUGUCCCACGUACAAUUUGACGAGGAGUUACGAGGACAUGCGCCCAACGAUUAUCAAGUGAUGGUGAACGACGAGUCUGACUCCGAUGCGUUACGACGGGAUACACUAGGCUUGGUGAACCAUCAGCUGAGCGAACCACAGCAUGAUCAAGAAAUGCUCGCCAGAUAUGUCGAUCGAUCGGACGAUGAGUUGGAUUUCAAUUGA